CGGGUGGAGGCGGCAGCGGCGGUGGCGGCAGCGGGGCCUCGGGCCUGACCGCCUCGCUGACGGGCACCAUGAACAGGAAAAAGAAGCCCUUCCUGGGCAUGCCGGCCCCGCUGGGCUACGUGCCGGGCCUGGGCCGCGGUGCUACGGGAUUUACUACCCGUUCCGAUAUUGGUCCUGCUCGUGAUGCAAAUGAUCCCGUGGAUGACCGUCAUGCUCCACCGGGGAAGAGGACUGUUGGAGAUCAGAUGAAGAAAAACCAGGCAGCAGAUGAUGAUGAUGAAGAUCUGAAUGAUACCAAUUAUGACGAGUUCAAUGGAUAUGCUGGAAGUCUGUUCUCCAGUGGGCCAUAUGAGAAAGAUGAUGAAGAAGCAGAUGCAAUUUAUGCUGCUUUGGAUAAAAGAAUGGAUGAAAGGAGAAAGGAAAGACGAGAACAACGCGAGAAAGAGGAGAUUGAGAAGUACCGAAUGGAACGACCAAAGAUUCAGCAGCAAUUCUCAGAUCUGAAAAGAAAACUGGCUGAAGUUACUGAGGAAGAGUGGCUGAGUAUCCCUGAAGUUGGUGAUGCUAGGAACAAACGUCAAAGGAACCCACGUUAUGAGAAACUGACCCCUGUUCCUGACAGUUUUUUUGCAAAGCACUUGCAGUCAGGUGAAAAUCACACAUCUGUGGAUCCCAGACAGACGCAGUUUGGUGGUCUGAAUACUCCCUAUCCUGGGGGUUUAAACACUCCUUAUCCAGGAGGAAUGACACCUGGGCUAAUGACACCUGGGACAGGUGAGCUGGACAUGAGGAAGAUUGGUCAGGCAAGGAACACCUUGAUGGAUAUGCGGCUCAGCCAGGUGUCGGACUCUGUGAGCGGCCAAACAGUGGUGGAUCCCAAGGGCUAUCUUACCGACUUGAAUUCCAUGAUACCCACACAUGGUGGAGAUAUCAAUGACAUCAAAAAAGCACGCUUACUUCUGAAGUCUGUGCGAGAAACUAACCCUCACCACCCCCCAGCUUGGAUUGCUUCUGCACGCUUAGAAGAAGUGACUGGCAAACUGCAGGUAGCUCGAAAUCUCAUCAUGAAAGGGACAGAGAUGUGUCCCAAGAGUGAAGAUGUUUGGUUGGAAGCUGCCCGCUUGCAGCCUGGGGAUACUGCGAAGGCUGUGGUGGCCCAGGCUGUUCGCCACCUUCCACAGUCAGUCCGGAUUUACAUCAGAGCGGCGGAGCUAGAGACUGACAUUAGAGCAAAGAAGCGUGUCCUUCGGAAAGCCCUUGAACAUGUUCCAAACUCUGUCCGCUUGUGGAAGGCAGCUGUUGAGUUGGAAGAGCCUGAGGAUGCCAGGAUAAUGCUCAGCCGAGCUGUGGAAUGCUGUCCGACUAGUGUGGAAUUGUGGCUUGCCCUGGCAAGGCUGGAGACUUAUGAGAAUGCCCGUAAAGUCUUAAACAAGGCCCGUGAGAACAUUCCAACAGACAGGCACAUCUGGAUCACAGCUGCCAAACUUGAGGAGGCCAAUGGAAACACUCAGAUGGUGGAGAAGAUCAUUGACCGUGCCAUCACUUCACUAAGGGCGAAUGGAGUAGAAAUCAACCGGGAGCAGUGGAUCCAGGAUGCUGAGGAGUGUGAUAAAGCAGGAAGUGUGGCCACAUGCCAGGCAGUCAUGAGAGCUGUGAUUGGCAUUGGGAUUGAAGAGGAGGACCGGAAGCACACUUGGAUGGAAGAUGCCGAUAGUUGUGUUGCUCACAAUGCCCUGGAGUGUGCCCGAGCCAUAUACGCCUAUGCUUUGCAAGUUUUUCCAAGCAAGAAGAGUGUCUGGUUGCGAGCAGCCUAUUUUGAAAAGAAUCAUGGAACAAGGGAAUCCUUGGAGGCUCUCCUGCAGAGGGCUGUAGCUCAUUGUCCCAAAGCUGAAGUACUCUGGCUGAUGGGAGCCAAAUCGAAGUGGCUAGCUGGAGAUGUACCUGCUGCCAGGAGUAUUUUGGCUUUGGCUUUCCAGGCCAACCCAAACAGUGAAGAGAUUUGGCUGGCGGCUGUGAAGCUGGAAUCUGAAAAUAAUGAAUAUGAACGAGCGAGGAGAUUGUUGGCGAAGGCUCGUAGCAGUGCCCCAACCGCCAGAGUAUUCAUGAAAUCUGUUAAACUUGAGUGGGUGCUUGGGAACAUUGUUGCAGCCCAGGAACUUUGUGAGGAAGCACUGAGGCACUAUGAAGAUUUCCCCAAGCUGUGGAUGAUGAAAGGGCAGAUUGAGGAGCAGGAAGGACUGAUUGAAAGAGCCCGAGACGCCUAUAACCAAGGGCUGAAGAAAUGCCCGGCUUCCAUACCCCUUUGGCUUUUGUUGUCAAGGCUGGAAGAGAAGGUUGGCCAGCUCACCCGAGCCAGGGCCAUCUUGGAGAAGUCUCGUCUAAAGAAUCCAAAGAACCCAGACCUGUGGUUGGAGUCUGUGCGAUUAGAAUACAGAGCUGGCCUGAAAAACAUAGCCAAUACGUUGAUGGCAAAGGCGCUGCAGGAAUGUCCCAAUUCUGGAAUCCUGUGGUCAGAAGCAAUCUUCUUAGAAGCCAGACCCCAAAGAAAGACCAAGAGUGUGGAUGCGCUGAAGAAAUGUGAGCAUGAUCCUCACGUCCUCCUGGCUGUAGCAAAGUUGUUUUGGAGUGAACGUAAAAUAACCAAAGCUCGCGAGUGGUUCCACCGGACAGUGAAGAUCGACUCUGACCUGGGUGACGCCUGGGCUUUCUUCUACAAAUUUGAGCUUCAGCAUGGCACAGAGGAGCAGCAAGAAGAGGUGAGGAAGCGUUGUGAAAAUGCAGAGCCACGCCAUGGAGAGCUGUGGUGUGAGGUCUCCAAGGACAUCAGCAAUUGGCAGAGGAAGAUUGGUGAGAUCCUGGUGCUGGUGGCAGCCAAGAUAAAGAACACCUUCUAGACCCCAAGCUCUGCUCAUCUUUGGCAACAUGACGGGACCCAGAGUCUUCCCUUGGCACACAUGUGAGCUUUGUCUCCUCUUACAAGGAGCUCAGAGGAAGAAGAGACUGAGAGGGAAAAAGGAAUGAGAUUUUAUGGUUGCAUUUAGAAGGUGGGGGAAUUAAGCCUUCCCCUGACACCUCUGUGUAUUGUACCAGUAAGAGCAGUGAAAGUGAGUGCUUAAAUCUACCAGCAGGCUUCUGGAGUGCUAAGAACAGGAUCUUUGGCGUGUUAACUAGUAGGCAUUUAUUACUAUUAUUAUUAUUAUUUUGAUGCCUGAGCUUCCCCUACCCAGAUUGUCUGAAAACCACCUGACAGCUAGGUUGUCCUUUUAGGUCUUUCAUUUGUCUAAUAUUCAGUUUGUCUCCUUGAUGUCUUCACCAAAUAUGCCUCCCAGACAUUAGUUUUUGCUGAUCCUAUCUAAUACAAUCAGUCUGUUUUUUAACACAGUGAAAUAUGGAGUGAUUUAAAAUCAGUUUUUGAUUGGGUUCUAAAUCAAUCCCUAGGUACCUCCAGUUUCUCAAGAGAACACCGAAUGCAUCUCUGGGGCCUGCCAUAAAGCUCGAUUUCCUGAUGGAGAGUUAAGUUUAGAUUUUCAGUGUAGUAUGACAGUGUAGGACCUUGAAAAAUUGCAGGCAUUUAAGGACCCAAGUAACAUAAGAGCAGAGAAUCUGGAUAACAGCCAUAGGUGUAAAUGUUAACUUGGGAUGUGCUUGAAUUCCGAACUUUCUAUUUAUUGUAGUAAGACAGAACUUCGUCAGACACCUCAGUGAAGUUCCUUUGCCUUGACCUUUGGUGAAAGUAAAAACAAGAUUCAUUUGUAAUAGUUGAUUUUAAAAUGUGUUUAUUGCAUUGGGAGAGAAAUGUCACAUCACAAAAUACUGAAGAACAGUCAAACAUUUAGAGAGAGUGUGUUUAGCAUAUGAACAUGUGGCAACAAGACUGGGAUAGCAACAGGGAAACCCUUUUCCACACCAGACAGACAGAUGAGCUUCUUGGUGGCAGGUUUGUGGGUGAGUAGAGUUUGUUGGGUUCUGUGCACAGUCCACCAGGAAAGUUUUCAUUGAAGCCCUGUUGGGAUGGAUGGGGGUGAUGCAAAAGUGUAUAUAUCUGCAUUGUGUAUAGAUUUUUUUAAAAGCAUUCCCAGCUUGAUCCUUCACUUAACGCCCUCUAGCUUCAAAACUUUCGUGUUUCUAGCUGGGAUAAUCUAAAAUCCCCCCCCCCCACCUCCGGCCAGCUAAUUCAGAAUUUCCUUGUGUCUGAUGGUAUAUCCAUGUAUUUUGCAUGGUUUUUUAAAAAAACAUUCUGUUAAAGAAAGAUGGUUGUACAUAGUGUGAAGCUGUAAAAUACAGUAUUUUGUUCUUUGUGAUAAUUUUAUGGCUCAUCUCU